UCUGGCAACACUGAGCAAAGCUAAAGAAAAUGUUGUGUUGUGAAAACGCUGGUUUUCUCCUGCUGGCGAUCUAGUUGUGGCCAAAACGGAAGUGCUAUCUGUGCGGGCGAGAUAAUGCCGAUUGAGUGAGGCUAAAACACUAAACGGGCAGAGCGACCGCGCCGCGUGCGGCCCGCUCCUGCAUUUGUGUGUGUAUCAUGGACAAGCUACGAAACAACAACAAGGAGAAUGCACCCAUUGAGUACCCCUACCCGCAGCCACCACCCCCCGGCCAUCACACUGGCUCUGCAGGCGCCUCCACUCCGCUGGAGGGCUGCGAGGAUGCGGAGAGCAACAAGAGCACGCCCUACUUCACUCCCCUCGAGUUCCUGCAGACCUCCUUUGAGUUUCCCUCGCCCACGGGCGAUGGCGGCGGUGGUAUUCUGGGUAUACCCGAGUCGUCUGCGGAGGAGGAGGACUCGGCCCGGGCUUACACCCCCAAGCAAUUCACUGUCGCCAGUCCGCACCUGCCCCUAGUCCACCAGCACUCCCAUCCACACCCGGCCAGCUCGCAGUCCCCCACUCUGAGCCGCAAGUUCAAGCGGUUCUCGCUGUACGACCGUCGAUCCUGCUCGCCCCAUAUCAGCAGCUCCGCUGCUGAGGAACGCGGCAGUGGCGGACGUGGCACCGACAAGGAGAACACCAUGCCCAAGGGCGGAGGCGCCGGCGACGACCAGGACCUGGAGAACACCCUGUAUUUGUCGAAGAGCGAACACAACUCUCCCACCAUAAUCUUUAAAGAUGAAGCGUCGACGACGCCGGGCCUGGAGGCUAGUCGCCUGAGCUAUUCCCCGAAACUGCUCUCCUCCAUCAACAAUCUCAACGUGUCCGGCUCACCCCUAAACAUCAUUAACUCGGCUGGCUACAAGAACGGGAAUUUCUUUCGCUUCCCGGAAAUCGAUCAUGUGGUACCGGAGGCGCACAUAGAUACCACCGCCUUCGAGGAGGCUCCGCGUCGGGACAGGAGUCCGGCGGUCGCGGAUCCGCCUUUGGAGCAGCAGCAGCAGAAGUCCGAGGGCCGCAAGAAUCGCAAGAAUAAGAACAAUCUCACCAUUCGCAUCACGGACGUACCUAUCAGGAACUCGAGCCAGGCCUCGCCGCUGCCCAAGCCCAAGACGCCGACCAUCAAGAGCACCAAGGAGAAGGCCCGGUCUCUGGACUCGGCGGCCAAUGAGUCGGAGCUGUCGAUUGUCGUGCACAACAUAACCGAAUCUCAUGGUAGUUGCGAUGACAUGGAAACGGGUGGCCAUGGGCAGUUAAAACCAUCUGUAGGCGUUAUCCACCACCAUCAUCAUCUCCAGCAGCCCGCUUCCACCAUUCACUCGACCUCGCUCUCGCGGCUCGAUAGCCACUUGAGCCUGGCCAACCAGAGGCGCACGCCGCGUAGGAAGUCGCCCGGCAUUAACACCUCCGACUGGCUGAUGUACCACCGCAAGCAGAACCCAUAUCAGGUGCCAACGCCGCACUGCAGCACCACGGCCCAGAGUUCCCUGGAUUCGGAGGCCAGCCUCACACCCAGCUUGGGUGAUACGGAGCUAAAGUCCGCCUGCAGCGUGGAUAGCAGCACCAAGUUUGGAUUGGGGGCCAGUCUGGCGCCGAGGAGCGCCCACAAGCACAAUCAGCUGUUGCAUUCGUCCAGCACGAAUUUGAAGACCUUGCCCGAAUGCCUCACCCUGGUGGAGUUCUCCUCCUCCUCUAGCGGCUGCGGCGGCGGUCCAAGGGAGUCUCCCUUCAAGCAAAAGUCCAUGGAUCUGCCGAUGCCCACGCUGCAGAGCAAGGCCGCCGUGACCACAUCGUCGAUGAAUCUGCUGCAGCGGCGAGGAUCUAAUCACAGCCUGACGCUCAAUCUGCACAGCUCGUGCGGCAACCUGAUGAACAGCGGCCUGAGCCUGUCCAACUACAGCCUGGGCUCCAUACUCAACUCCAAGUCCAGUUGCAAUCUGGAUGCGGGCACGGCCAACCCCAUAAGAUCGGAUCAGAGCCAGCAGACGCACUUGCUGGCAACCAGCAACCAGGGCAGCCGGCAGGGUUUGUUCCGGAGGCGAGGAUCCAAUCACAGCAUUACCUUGAAGACAGGCCACACGACCACUUCGUGCGGGGACCUCAACUCCAUGCAGCAGCAGCAGCAGCAGGCGAUGCUGACGGCUGAGAAGUACAAUAGGCUGGGCAUGCGCACAAACUCUACGGGUUCAGGCUCGGGAUCGGGAUCGAAUGUGCCCACUCCAAAGAGGGGAUUGCUGGAACGACGCGGCUCCAAUCAGAGUCUCACCCUCAACAUGGGCAGCAUACUGGGCGGUGGAGCGAGCACAGAGAUCCAAAUCCAGGAUGUGGGGCAACCAAAGGUCACGGUGUGCAGCUGUGCGGCCGCCAACCAGGCGCCGCAUCAGCGUAAGUUCUUCAGCACGGAGAACCUUAACAGCAGCAAGGCUGUCAGCCAGCAGUUCUUCGGUCAGGUAAGCUAUGGCUCCGCCUCGGACCUGCAGCCCAAUCCCCAGCAGGAGUCGGCAGGCGGGGAUCAGGCCUCUUGCACCUGCGCCGGAACCGUGCGCAACAUCAUGACGCGACCCCUGUCGCCGCAGACUACCAGCGAGGAGUUCAAGAUCUACCUGGCCAGCAUCCAGAUGCUGCAGAGCGCCUCCAAUCCGCUCAACCAGUUCGAUUUGAUCCGGUUGAACUACGUCUUCGAUCACAGCUACCAGACCAACAGGAGCAUCAUCGAGCAGCCGCCGAUACUGGGUGCCAAUGGACGGGAUCUGGAUACGCCCACUGAUUUGGUGGCUCCAAGCUCGGAGGACAGUGAACUGCUGGCAUGCUAUCAGGCGGUGGUCAAGAGGAUUGUGCAAUCGCUGCCCCAACUGGAGGAAGCGGAGCAAAAGCGCAUCUUUCGGGACCUUCACAAGGAGUUUUGGGAUCUGCCGCUCAAUCACCAGGAGAAGCCCAUGGUUUUUGGUUCUCAGACAAAGAAUCGCUACAAGACGAUCCUGCCCAACGAGCAUUCCCGCGUGCUGCUCGAAAUGGAGUCCAGCGAGCUGAUGGGCCUGCAGGAGGAGGUCAAGAGGACAGGCUCCUCCGAGGACGUGCCCUACAUCAAUGCCAAUUACAUAAAGGGACCCGACUACGUGUCCAAGUGCUAUGUGGCCACCCAGGGGCCCCUGCCCAACACAAUCUUCGAGUUCUGGCUGAUGAUUUACCAGAACACACAGCGCUACAUCCGUCGCUGCGUGGAUGGCGGGAGCAGCAGCAGUCCGCACAUGGACCGGGCUCAGGUCCUGCAGCAGUACUUCCAGAAGAUCGUCAUGCUCACCAACUUCACGGAGGCGAAUCGUCAGAAGUGUGCAGUCUAUUUUCCCAUCGAGCUAAACGAAAUAUUCGCGGUGGCCGCCAAGUGCGAGGUGUUCCAACUGAGUGCGGCGGCACGGGAGUAUUUCGAUCGGCAUUUGACGCCCACCUUUGUGCCGGACACAGUGGUGCCGACGGAUGGUAAUGAUGAUGAUAACGAGCUUGGUGGCCGGCACAUUGGCGUGGAGUCGGUGAAGGUGACGCUGGAAGCUGAUCUGCUGGAGGCCCUGCCCGCCCAGACCAGCUUCUUUCUGGUCAAGAACGUGGGCAUUGUGCGCCGGAAUGGUUAUUCGGUGAGGAAGCUCGUCCUGCUCUACUGCAUCCGCGUGCCGCAGAGUGCAAGCUUUCACCUGCAGAAGAUCUGUUGCUACCACUACUGGUAUCCGGACUGGCCGGACCACCAUUCGCCGCGGGACAUCAACACGCUGCUGGACACCUGCCUGCAUGUCCUCAAUCUGGGCAAGUGCGAGUCGGAGUUUGACAACUAUGAUGAGAGCCGGAGCGUGAGGAAUGCCCACCUGGCAGCUCAGCGGUUGGAGAUCUACCAGCAGGAUAUCUUUAAUGCGGUGCAACCGCUGCCCGUGAUCCAUUGCUCGGCUGGGAUAGGACGCACUGGUUGCUUCACGGCCAUCCUGAAUGCAGUGCGUCAGUUGCGACAAUCGCUGGCCUACUCCCUGACGGGAAUGCUCACCAAGUCACUGACCAGCAGCAAGGCAGAGGAGUUCCAAUUCCCGUCGGACAGUGACAGCAGCUUCACCUGCAACACCAUACGGCACAUAAGGCACAUUCUGGGUCAUCAGGAAGAAGCUGAGACACCACCAUCCUUCGAUAGGCUACCCAAGAUGCCGGACAUUUUUGUGGACGUGCUGGGAAUUGUGUGCAAUCUGCGCCUUCAGAGGGGUGGAAUGGUUCAGAAUUCGGAGCAGUACGAGCUGAUCCAUCGCUCCAUCUGCCUCUACCUGAAACGCACUUUGGCCUUGAGACGAUUUUAGGCGAUGAUGACAUUAGAGAGAUGCAAGAACAAACACCAAUUUACCAAUUUUUGUGAACCUUAUUUUAAUGAAAGCAACCCCGACAAGUAACCAUGGCUAAAAGAGUCUCGAAACACCUUACAUAGGAUGACAUUCUUCGAACGAACGAACCCCAAUUCGACGAGAGAUGCUCUCAAUGUUUGCUAAAUAUUACUAUUACCGCAUAUUCUAUAUAUAUAUAUACAUAUAAAUGUUAAUAAGUGUUGGAUGUAUGUGUGUGCUAAGUGUGUGCAUGUAACGUGUACAUAAGUGUAAAUGUUUCCGACUUUUGGUGUGAACUAUGCUUAAACUAAAGUUAAUUAACAAUUAUUAUAAACCUUACCAUACCUUACCUUAUGCCAAAGACCUUCUAAUAACAAGCUGGGUAAUGCAUCUUGUUAAUACAAAGUCUUUGCUUAUGUCCUACCCCCCACUUUUCGGAGCCGUGCGGCCACGCCCCUCGGUGAGUUGGCCCCCAUCCGGCUUGGCGGCGGGGAAAGCUCAAACCUUUUUCAAGUUGGACCACCCCCCAACCAGGGGGGGAUCCAUCUGACUAAAACACCAAUUUCCCCAUAACCCAAGCGGCCAGCUCCGACCUUCGGACGUGGGCCAAAGUUCACGGGAUCGAGAGCUCUCAUCUUUGAAAUACAAGAGGAAAAACUCGAAAUGGAACACACAACCCAUAAAUGAACAACUUGUAUUAAUGUUUAUGCAAUGGAACUAGUCAAAUAAAACUUAGAAUCAUUUUAAAUGUAUCUUUAAAUGUGUGAAA